AUGCGUGUAAAUUCAUCCAUACUCGCAUUGAUCCCACACCUUCUGCAGCCCAAUCUGAUAUUCCAACCCAACACUGACGACCUUUACUACGGACAUGCAACACUCGACAGCAUGCCUGCGCGACUAGAGACCUUUCACGAAGGCGAGACCGCCAUGCGGUCCUUGCUCAAGGUGCCGCCCGGCCGGAACCCGACCGCGGCGGGGCUUCCGCCGUCGUACGGCCUGCGCGUCGUCGAGUCGCCGCUCGUGGCCGUCGGCACGCUCGAUGCUGCAGGCCAGCCGUGGACGACGCUCUGGGGCGGCGCGCGGGGCUUCGCAGAGCCGAUUGCGCAGGACGUGCUCGGGCUCAACAGCUCCGUGGACGCGGCGCACGAUCCGGUGUACCAUGCGCUCUGGGGCGGUGAUGCGGCGCGGGGGGGCGUGGUGCAGCCGAAUGGCGGAAGGGGCAAGAUGAUGGCAGCGCUGGCAGUGGACCUGGAGAGCAGGGACAGGGUCAAGCUCAUGGGCUCGAUGGUGGCCGGGACGAGGGAGGAGGAUAAGCUGCAGAUGGCGUUCUUAGUGACGGAGAGCUUGGGGAACUGCCCCAAGUACCUGAACAAGAAGCGCGUGGCGCCGAGGGCGUAUGGUGCGGAUACGGAGGUGGUGGAGGAUAAGCACGGGAGGGUGCUGCCGGGAGAAGCGGUGGGAUUGCUGGACAAGGCGGACAUGUUCUUCUUGUCGAGCACGGAUGGCAACACCAUGGACACGAAUCACAGAGGCGGCCCGGCAGGGUUUGUGCGGGUGCUGAAGAAUGAAGCCGACGAGGCCGUCCUCGUCUACCCAGAGUAUUCCGGAAACCGCUUGUAUCAGACCCUCGGUAACCUCAGAGUCAACCCGCUUGUCGGCAUCGUCGUGCCUGACUUUGCCACCGCCGACGUGCUGUACCUCACCGGUACCGCCUCCAUCCUCGUUGGCGCCGCCGCCGCCUCCGUCAUCGCGCGCACCCAGCUCGCUGUUAAAGUCACCGUUUCCUCCGCGUGCUUCGUGCGCCGCGGCCUGCCGUUUCUCGGGACGCCCCUCGAGCGGUCGCCCUACAACCCGCCCGUGCGGCACCUCCUCGCCGAGCAGAGCGAAGCGAAGAUUCUUGCAGUCGAGCGGCCGGAUAUGACGGCGACCCUGACGCACAGAGAGGCGCUGACGCCGACGGUGAGCCGCUUCACGUUUACGCUGGACGGGGAGGGAGAGAAGGCGGACAAGAUGCGGUGGGUGGCCGGACAGCAUGUGACGCUGGACUUUGGCGAGGAGCUGAAUCAUGGAUACGCGCACAUGCGCGACGACGAUCCGCAGAGCUUGAACGACGACUUUGUGCGCACGUUUACCGUGUCCAACCCACCACUACCACCGAGCGCAGGUAAAGGAAAAGUGCAGAUGCAGAUUACGGCGCGGAGGAAUGGCCCCGCGACGGGGCUGCUCUGGAGGCAGAACAUGCGUGUGCCGCUCAAGCUUCCCGUGCUGGGCUUUGGCGGCGCGUCCUCCUUUCACCUGCCCACGACUGCUUCCUCAGGAACCACAACUCCCGUCUUUGUGGCCGGCGGCGUCGGCAUCACGCCGCUGCUGGCGCAAGCGCGUGGCGUGCUGGACGCCGACGUGCCGCUGACGCUGCUCUGGAGUCUCAACAGCAGGGACUUGGCGCUGGCGGAGGAUACGUUUGCGCGGAUUGAGGGAUUGGCGGCCAAGACGACGGUGUUUGUGUCGGGAAGUGAUGGGGAUGCGGAGGUGGUGGAGAGGAUACGGCAGCAAGGCGUCAAGGGGAUCGAGUUUAGGAGGAUCGGAGAGGGAGAUGUCAAGAAGCUGGGCGGAGGGCGAGGGAAGAAGACCAAGUUUUAUCUCUGUACGGGGCCGACGCUGCUGAGGGCGUUGCAGGAUUGGCUGGAUGGGGAGGAUGUGGUCUGGGAGGACUUUGGGUACUGA